AUGCCGGAGUCCUGCAACAGCGGACCAGUGUGGCUGGAGCACAGGGCUCGGGCAGUAGGACACAAGACUAGAGAGGAGAGCGGGUCAGAUCAGGGCACUGAGCUCCCGGAGCAGAAGGCCGGCAGCGGGCCGGCCUCGGAGAGCGCCGGGCAGGUGCUGGCGGCGGCCCGCUCCUCGUCCUCCUGCUUCACGGCAGACGCUGGGGGACACGCAAACGUCCGCCUCGGGGAACCUGCCGUCGCCAGCAACGCGGCCCCCGUCCGAGCCGCCAAGCCCGCAGCUGAUCGGCGUCGUGGGGUGAGCCCGGCCGCCGGCCCGGCCGCCGAGCCCGCCGACCCGGCCGCGGGCGGCAGCAACAAGAGGAAGCGCGACAACAAGGCCAGCACCUACGGACUCAACUACAGCCUGCUGCAGCCCGGCGGCGGGCGCGCCGCGGGGCCCGGCCGCGCGGACGGCGGCGGCGGCGCGUACAGCGGGACGCCGUGGAAGCGGAGGAACUACAACCAGGGCGUCGUGGGUCUGCAUGAAGAAAUCAGUGAUUUUUAUGAAUACAUGUCUCCAAGACCAGAGGAGGAGAAGAUGCGGAUGGAGGUGGUAAACAGGAUCGAGAGUGUGAUUAAGGGGCUCUGGCCCAGCGCUGAUGUCCAGAUAUUUGGAAGUUUUAAAACUGGCCUGUAUUUACCUACUAGUGACAUCGACCUCGUGGUGUUUGGAAAGUGGGAGAACCUGCCCCUCUGGACCCUGGAAGAAGCUCUUCGGAAACAUAAAGUUGCAGAUGAGGAUUCAGUGAAAGUUCUAGACAAAGCAACUGUACCUAUUAUUAAACUAACAGAUUCUUUUACUGAAGUGAAAGUUGAUAUCAGCUUUAAUGUACAGAAUGGCGUGAGAGCCGCUGACCUCAUCAAAGAUUUUACCAAGAAAUAUCCUGUAUUACCAUACUUGGUUUUAGUAUUGAAACAAUUCUUAUUACAGAGGGACCUUAAUGAAGUCUUUACAGGUGGAAUUGGUUCUUACAGUCUCUUUUUAAUGGCAGUCAGUUUCCUUCAGUUACAUCCCAGGGAAGAUGCUUGCAUCCCCAAUACAAACUAUGGUGUUCUCUUAAUAGAAUUUUUUGAGUUAUAUGGACGACACUUCAAUUAUUUAAAGACUGGCAUCCGGAUAAAGGAUGGUGGUUCAUAUGUGGCCAAAGAUGAAGUACAGAAAAAUAUGCUGGAUGGCUACAGGCCGUCUAUGCUUUAUAUUGAAGAUCCUUUACAACCAGGUAAUGAUGUUGGAAGGAGUUCGUAUGGGGCCAUGCAAGUGAAACAGGCCUUUGAUUACGCCUACGUGGUUUUGAGUCAUGCUGUAUCGCCAAUAGCAAAGUACUAUCCCAACAACGAGACAGAGAGCAUAUUAGGUAGAAUAAUUAGAGUAACAGAUGAAGUUGCCACAUAUAGAGAUUGGAUAUCAAAGCAGUGGGGCCUGCAGAAUAGGCCUGAGCCUUCGUGCAACGGUCCAGUGUCUUCCUCUUCUGCCACACAGUCCAGCUCUAGUGAUGUGGAUUCUGAUGCGACACCAUGCAAAACCCCAAAACAGCUGCUCUGCCGUCCGUCCACUGGGAACCGAGUGGGGUCACAAGAUGCAUCCUUGGAGCCCUCUCAGGCAGUUGGGAAAAUGCAGAGCACCCAAACCACUAACACAUCCAACAGCACCAACAAAUCUCAGCAUGGAUCAGCAAGGCUGUUUCGUUCUUCCAGCAAAGGCUUCCAAGGUACAAUUCAAACGAGCCAUGGUUCCUUGAUGACAAACAAACAACAUCAAGGCAAAUCCAAUAAUCAGUAUUACCAUGGCAAAAAGAGGAAACACAAGAGGGACGCCCCCCUCUCAGACCUCUGUAGAUAGUCGGCGCUGUGCGAUGGACUGUCUUCUGUGUGCAAUGAUCUCAUGCUCAGGACAGUGGGUAGGGACUCCUGGGAGGCACUCCGGAGCCUUACGCUGUUCAGACGUUGAUUUAGCAACUGCGUUUUUUCCCAGCUCGCCACGGAAUGGAUCAUGAAGACUGACAACUGCAAAAACAAAAAGCAAGCAAAAAAGGGGGAAAAAAAAAAAGGCUGCUCAUGAUAAGUCAUAUGCUACAACAGGGUCAUUUUAAGAUUUAAAGCUUGAAUGUAAAAUAAAUAUAUUUCUCAUUGGCUUUAUGCAGAGUUAUAAGGAAUAGUAUUCAGUAUGGGUAGGGUGAUAGAAACAAAACACAAUUUCAGACGUUGGGGUGGGGAAGGAAAACAAAGAUAUCUUAUAGGAAGUCCAGAUUUCAAAGGGGAAAGUGAUCUGUGCAUGUUUUUCUUUGUUUUGUUUUGUUUUGUUUUUUAGUAUUUUUGCAUAUAUUUACCAUUUUAUUGUGUGUAUAUAUAGAUGACCAUAUAGGAAAUUGAUAUUUGUAAUAGUGGAUUUGUUAAUACUUUUUACAUAACAUUACUGUUUAAAUUGUAAACAGAUUUUUCUCAGGAUUAGUUCGAAAAAUAAUCUGAAUUGUCAUCUUAACAUCCAUCUAUAGGGAAGUGAUUAGUUCUGUUACUCAAUUUGUUUUCCUCAGCAUUGAAAUGACUUGAUAGAACCCUCGUGACCUGCUGCAGAAUUUUUUCCUCUCUAAAGAAAAGGUUUAUGGUGGCAAAUGACGUCUAUUUUAUUUUGUAAAAAAUAAUAUGUACUAUGUACUUUUGUGUAAACACUGAAAAGUCUCUAGUCAUCUCUAAGAAUUAACUUGCAACUGUUUUCUAUAGUGCUGUCGUCUUGGGCAAUGGGCAAUUACAUAACUUUGUGUUUGUUUCCUUUGCAGUCUUUUUUUUUCUUUCCUCCUAGUAGGAAAAAAAGGCCACCUGUGCCUGGUCCCAUUCCUGUUGCAGUGAAACCUCAAGUUCCCCAGACUUUGCAUGCUGGCUCCUCUAACCCUGUGUGCUGCGUGUGCUUGUCGUUCUCAUCUCUUAUUCUUUUUUAAAUUCAUGCUUAACUGCUAUGGGAGAGAAUAACUGUAAACAGCUUUAAUUAAAUCAUACUUAUAAAAAACUAUUUUCUUAUACUCCCCUUUAUGCUUUUGGUAUUGUUGAUCUUUAAAAAUUAAAUGGUCUUUGAUAAUGGAUCUAUUUUGUAUUGCCUUAUUAAGACCAAAUACUUCUUGUCAUCCCAUUCUUUCCUCUCCUUUCAUGGAAUUGUUAUCUUUAAUUAAAACUUUUUUAAACAUUGGCUUGUUUCAAUCAUACUGUAAAUUUUGGUUGUGGUCAGCUUUGAGUGUAAAUGAGAUGUAUUAUUCUGUUAUUCAUCACAUGUUGAGUUUGAAACUCAGUCGGGAAUAUUUAAUAUAAUAGAAUGUAUGUGACAUUUCUGAAAGUGCUUUCCUUCAAAGUGAAAGCUGUUAUGUUUAGCAUCUGUGUGUGUGGCUCUGUUCAUUACAGCCAUUUCUGAGAUGAGAUUCUUUUUUAUAUAUAUACACAUAUAAAGUACUAUUCGCUUUUAGGAAUUUCUUUUAUAUACAUUUGUGAAAUACUGAAGACCAAUCAGACCACUAAUGGACACUUAGUACAACUUUUUAUAAAGAAAAUAAUGCUAAAGUAAGACCAAAAUUGAUGUCAUCACUGAAAUUGACAAUUUUCAAUAUGUUCGUCUUUUAAUUCACCACGGAAAAAUGUGUUUCAGAACUGGAGACUCAUAAUACGUGUGUAAACCAUGGAAGAUUUUAAAUGUGAUGUUAUUCUGACAAUGUUUUAAAUUUGAGAGUCACAUUUUAUUCUGAUCAGAGUUUUUAUCAAGAUGUUGAGCUUUUGUUUUUUGAAACUAGUUUGUCAUAACAUAUUGUGCAUAAUCACAGUAUUUAUUUUCUAGGACUAUUGUGAAUGUGUAGACUUACGUUUACUGCUAAGGGAACAAUUAUUUAUAAACUAAUAUUAAAUCCAGUAUUAGCUGCCUAUUUCAGACACUUAAUACUUACAGAGAUCCAGGUUACAUUUACCACACUGAAGUUUUUUUUUUCUUUAAAGAAUCACCCUCAUCGUUGAAAAUAAAUGUACUCUUAGGGUGCGGAUAUUAGUGUUCCAAUAAGCAUGUGAUUAUAUUAAGGUGGUGGUAGCGGGAAGAUAAUCUUGAUUCCAUUGGGAAUCUUAGGUUUUCGUAAAUUUAUUGGGAAAAUAGUUUUUCCUGUACUGCUGAAGUUUCUUUUUGGUAAACAGUAUCUUUCUAAAAGAAAAAGCAUGAAGGAGAAAUUGAGGGGUGUACAUUUCCUCAAAUGACCAGCAUUGUAUUCGUGAAUACUGUGUAUCUUGCAAUGAACAGUCUGGAAGCUGUUCAUUUUUCAAUCUGAAGUAAAAUACUUUCAAGAACUUUUA